GACAAGUUUAACUCCGUUGAUGUCAGCCCACAGCUUCCAGUAUUCCGCGUAACUCAUAAGGCGGCUGCAUCCUAAAAUUGCAGUGCCGGGCGGAGCACGUAUUAGAGCUUUAAACAGGUGUCCUGUAUUGGUCUGGCAUGGAUCCAGGGAACUGGCUGGUCACCAAAGCCUGCUGUGACAUGCAGGACAAAAGAACCAUCAGGCUGUUUCUCCGGUCUCUGCAUUGGGCUCCAUGUCGGUGAUGACAAGUGCUCUCCUUCCGCUCAAACUUUCGCAUUUGCGUAUUCUGCUGAACCGCCGUGUUCUAACUGUCUUCGACGCGGACUGCAAUGCUCUUUGACGCAACAGAAAAAAGAUGACGGAAAGCAGAUUAUGAAUCUCAGUGGCUCGGAAGACACACCAUCGUUGGCACCCCAGAGCCCUAUCCAUAUAGCGAGUCGGUCCAAAACGGAAAGACACUAUAUUGCGGUUUAUUUCAGGUUGCUUCACCCUUACUGGCCCUUCAUCCAUCAGGGUUCCUUCAAAGGAUUAGACGAGUCACCCUUGCCUGUCCAGUCCAUGGUUGUCAUCGGUUUCUGGCUGAGCAACGAGGGAGGUGGGCAGUCGCGAGCUAUGCUUGCCCGAUACUGCCAGAAUGACCUCCCUGCUUACGUCUGGGUAAGCAUCGAGGAAAUCAAACGAUUCAACUUUGCUUUAUAUGAAGUUUGCACGGCAUAUAGCUGUGGCGUACCCAACAAAAUUGCGGUAUCAAAGAGGGGACUUCGGGCACAGGAUUUAGAAUUUCCAUUACCAAGGAACACUCCAUUAUGGAACGCUACAAGCAAGGCGGAAUGGGUAUCUGCAGCGACAGAGGAUGUGUACUGCCACAACUUCGAUAGUAUUUUGGAGAACGAAUGGUUCUCCAAGUCAGCGCAUGUCUUGGAGGCGCUGGAUACGGCUUAGUCUGUUUA